AUGGAUGAAUUCCUCUCCACCCCACAAUGCAUGGCUGGCGCACGAGGCCCGGACAAAAUGGCGCCUGUGUCCCCUGGAUCGAGCAGCCGGAUGGGCUCCACACAAGACUCCCUGCGGAUGGAUGCCCUCACCCAGAUGGCGAUUUCGGCAAACAUGCUCACCAGGCAGGAAAAGAAGGAACUAGUAGCCGAACUCCACUCAGCUAUUAGAGAAGAAAUAACAGCGGUACGGCAAGACCUCACCUCACUAGAACAUAGGGUAGAUGACCUGGAGGUCCAACGGCUGCAAACAGAACAGCACCAACGGGCCACAGACCUGGCAACUACACGACAAGGCAACCUCCUCUUGGAGCUCAGACGCCAGGUAGAGAACCUCGAAAAUCGAGGACAUAGCGCAACAACAUCUGCGUCAGAGGUCUGCCGGAAUCCGAAGGGGAAUAACCUAGGGAGCUACUGGAGGGCCUGUUUACACACAUUCUGGGGGAAGAAGCACCGUCGGAUUUUGGCUUAG